GGGCGCUGGAUUCAUGGGAGCCCCUCCGUCUACAUCAAUUUCACCUUCUACUUCUACGUGGAAUUGCGUACAUGCCCAUGCUGUGGUGAUAUUCUGGCAGGCCCGUCAGUGAGCUGCACGGCAUGCGGUGGGUCGGUCCACAGCCAUUGCGUCACCCGCAGGCUGGGCCAGGCGGUGUGCAACGGCUGCGCGCAGAGCCUGGACUAUGCCUACAGCCACCACCGCGCGCAGCACAUGAUCGCGCAAGGAGGCGCCGCCUUCGGCCGCCUCAUGGCCUCGACGGGCACCGUCGCGGGCCAGGCCCUCGGAGCCGUCGCCACUGGCGCCGUGGGCGGGACCGCCCGGCUGGUCACUGGCAUGGCCGCCGGAGCCGCGUCCGCAUGUCAGGGCCUCCGCGCCCUCGACGCACCGGCUUCCUCGACUUCGGGCGCGGCCCCGAAUUCUGCACCACUUCAGCGGCCUCGUGCUCUGGAAGAGUACGACAUUUCGGACGCGGGCAGCGGGGCCGCAGUGUCCCUCGAGACCGCGGAGUCGGGGAGCGAGCUGAAGAGCCCCAUGGCGGACAUGCGCUCCAUGAAGCGCGAGAUGGAGCAGCUCAGGGCGGAGAACGUCCGACUGCGUUCGUCAGCCUCGGUGGCUGAGGCCAGGAGCGGGUUCGCGACGCCGGACCCUGCUGUGCCUAAGCCGGCAAAGGGUGCACCCCAGAGCGGCCAGGCGAAACCUAGCGACCCAGCGCCCUCGUCGUGCGCUGCGGCCAGGCUCGACGCGGACGACUCCGACGCGCCCGAGCCCGACGAGGACAAUGAGCCGAAUGCUGCCCAGAUCGCCGCCGAGUAUGAGCACGAGGACUGGACGAUGCAGCAGGAGGCCUCCCAAGAGCCUCCCGAAACCUGCAGGAAGUACCCCCUGGUCUUCAUCAGGAUCAUCUUGGUGCUCUUCAUGGUGAUCCUCGUCGACUUCAUGUUUACCCCGCUGCUGCUUCGCCGCAGUUCGACCACCUUCAGCAUGCGCACGCAGCUGGACUCCUUCACCACGCUGCUCCCCAGCAGCAGGCUGGCGGCUUCGUUGCAGCCUUCCCUCAAGGACCCCCUCAGCAUCAUCAUCAACAUGGUGGUCAUCAGGGCGGCUUCGGAGAACUUCCGAAGCAGCCCCAGGGAGGUGUUGGAGGUAGUGGUCAUCACCACGGCGGCGCUCCAGGUGCCCCAGGGGGUGGAGGUGGCGGUGGGGGCGACGAUCCAGGAGGAGGCCAUGGCUUCGGUCUUGGAGGAUUUCUACCUGAGGAAGGGCCCUCCGCAGCGCGACGCUGGCCUGGAGACCUUGCUCUCGAAGAUCAAGGCCGCGGAGCUCCCUCAGCUCACGUGGAGAGGGGGCGUGGCGGCCAAGCCAUCGAACCUGGAACACUGGGCGGGGUCGGCUGGCCUGGAUCUGGGAGGGCUGCACUGGCACAUCAAGCGCUACUGGCUUCUGUGUCUUGACUCUGUGCAGCGCGCUCAUGCCCAGUACCUCCAGGAGGGCCCGCUGAUGCGCCGUGCCGUGCGGCCGAUCGCCAUUGUGCCGGAGCCGUUCGAGAUCUUGUCCUUCCACGCGAUCGAGCUCCGCUUGUGCUCCCUCCUCCUCCACCUCGCCCCGAAAAACGUGAAGACCAUGUGCUUAUCGACGAAGCUCGUCAGCACGUGCGACAUUCUCUCCACCGCGUACGUGGACGCAGGGCCGGGGACAGGGAGCGACAAGCAUGCAGUCUUGGAGCGAGUGCAGAAAGGCAAGGUGGUGGAGGUCAGGGGGGUGUACAACGAGCUUGCAGAGUGGAAGUUCGCGCUGAACCGCUUGGUCAUCCUCAACACCAGCCUGCCUGACCCAUCCAUCCAAAUGGCGGCCCUGAAGCAGACUGCGAGCAAGCUCCUGGGGAGUAACGAGGAGUUCAAGCACCGCUUCUUCGCGUUCCUGGUGCAGAACAACAUCGCGGCCGGGACGGUCAACCAAGCUCAAGUGGAUCUUCUCUGGAGUUACUUGAGUGCCGAGGCUCGGGAGUACUCGGGCGACGUCAAGGAGAAGGACCAUCCUAAUCCUUCGACGAAGGCGGCUCGCGCAGCAGCCGCCGCGGCCGCCGCUGCCGCUGCGGCCGCCAGCAAGGGCAAGCCGACCAAGGGCGACCCGAAGGGCGGCAAGCCGGCCGAAGGCGACCCGAAGGGCAAGCUCGGGAAGGGCAAGGAAGCCGCGGGAGGUAAGGGCGUGGCCAUCUGCCCGCACUUCAACAACCUCGCGACGGGCUGCAGCGCGGGAUGGCCAUGCCCGAUGCGCCACUGCAAGUCGGAUGGCGCCCGACUGGAGCCGACCGAUGGGCGCUGCUUCAAUUGCGGCGCGGGCGGCCAUGACAGGGCAGCUUGCCGCCGGCCGCGGAAGCCCAAGGCUCCGGCGAAGGCCAAGAGGGGCCAGGCGGAGGACCAGAACGCAGCCUCGGCAGGAUCUCCAUCGACUUCGGCCGCUUGCGCGGACGAGGCGGGCAGGCCGGCAGCCACUGGCAAGUCGGCAGCGGUUGCAACUCCGAGUCCCUUGACUACCAGCGACGUCAGCGGCAUCGUGCGACAGGAGCUGAGGUCCCUCAUGGCUACUUCGGCUACGCCUUCGUGCGGGCAGCCGCCGAUCGUGAAGGUGGUCAAGGUCUCCGACGGCCCGCAGGCGAGGAGGCUUCUGGUCAAGGACGGCAGGUGCUGGAUCCUCGCGGACACUGGCGCCACCCACGAGCUUCGCGGCAUCAAGUCCUUCAGCGACCUGCCUGCCAUGAUGGUGGGAGAUGUCGUGUAUGUGCUGGGCGAGGACCUCCAGUGGCUCUUCCCGUUGGGCAGCUACAUCGACGAGAUGAGCCUAGACCUUUCAUGGAGUUCCUCGGCAUGCACCCUGAGCUGCCCCACGGGCGAGGUCAUCACCCUGCUCCGCGAGAAGGGCGCGAUCUACAUUGAGGAGGGCGAUGCAGAAUUCCUGCGCGAUCGCAGGCACCAGGCGAAGCGCGCCACCAUAGAUGAGCGCAUGAGCAUUCUCGCUGCUGGACUCCGUCGUCGUGAGCUGCUUCAGGAGCACAUGGGCGGCGGGCACAUCAGCGUUCGACCCGACUGCCCAGGCCAGCUCAGCAUUGACACUUCCGGGCCGCACCUCCCAGGGCGGUGGCCCUCCAGCCGCCCCGAGAACUCGGCGAGGCAGGCCGUUCACUUCCUUCUCGGGGCCUACGUCGUCGAGACUCCGGCUGCAAAGGGGGACCGCGAGCGCCUGGAGUCGAUCGCGAAGCUAAGCGCGUUCGCAGGCUCCCCGCUCCCCAACCCUGAGCCGACGGCGCCGGGAGAGUCCGACAUCGGUGGCGCCCCUCGACUCGACGCUGCGGUCGCGGGCGACUCUGUCGAGCGAGACACCGAGCUGGCGAAGAAGGUGGCGGCCAUGUUCGGGGUGAAUGCCUUCGGGGGCCUGGGGCUGCGGACGAAUCAUGUUGGGCCCAGCGUCUGCGUGCCCAACUUCGACCCUUCGGCGCGGCCCGGCAGGCCGAAACUCGAGCUCCCCGAAGAACAGGAGGAGAAGCUCUCCCCAGGCGGCGACCCCAGAAACGCGGCCGACGACGAGGUCGAGGACGAGAGCGGCAUGGUCUCCAAGACUUGGUACUUCUGCGUGCCGCUGGAGAACCUCAAGGCCGCCAGUUGCAUUCAUGCUAUCGAGUCUAUCCUUGCCCAGCUUCGGAUGGAGGUCGAGGGGGCCAACAUGUGCUACCGCAUCAAUGGUGAUCGAGCUGGGAACCUCACGGGGGACCAGAUCAAGCGGCACUUCGAGGCGAAGAGCCCUCCGAUAGCGGUUACUUCGACGCCAGGUUUCGAGCCCAGCUCGAAUGGCCUGGCCGAGCGCGGGAUCGGCGUGGUGAAGCUGAGGGCCAGGGCAAUGCUCCCCUCCUUCAGCGACCCCCUGGACCAGGCCUUGUGGGCGUGCGCCGUGCAGCAUUCUGCGUACUGCUCCAGGACCCCGGCGGUGCUCAAGACGUUCGCGGCGAGGAUCCAGGAGCAGGAGGAGCUCACCCAGAUGGCGUUGCAAAUGCGCCACCUGUUGAAUCGACCGGCGCUGGAUCUCCGGAAGGUGCACUUAAUGUUGACCACGGUCUCGGAGGAGCCCUUGAAGGUGCUGAUGGGUUUCAGUCAUCGUGAUGUUCCUGGUCCUCAGCCUUCCCCUCACAUGAUGGAGUAUUUCGAAUGCAUUCCUGUGGCUUUUGCCACCGCGGCCCCGGAGCAGGUCACCCUCACCGCGGACGACGACAGCGCGCCUCCCGAGUUCACCAAGAUCGUGAAGGACAGCGGGCUGAGCAUCGUCACGUGCGCGGAGAUCGCGAAGACGAUCGGGAUGACCAGGGAGAAGUGGCGAGCAGCACUCGAGAGCGAGCUCAACAGCCUGAAGGACGGUUGUCUUCGCCCCCUCACGGCCUCGGAGGCGCACUCUGUAAAGCCUUCCGAGACACUGCCCAUGAAGGUCGCUGCGGGACAGAAGGCUCCAGACGCUUCUGGCUAUCGGCGCUUCAAGGCGAGCGGCUGCGUGCGCGGCAACUUCGAGGCGGUGGACCCCUCGGAGCAGACCUUCACGCAGAAUUUGGACAUUGCCAGCCUCCGCAUGAAGCGAGUGGUCAUUCGCCCACCGGCCAUCUUCGUCAAGUUCGGGCCGGUGCCGGCGGGCGAGCUCUGGGCGGCCGAGAGGGCCAUCUACGGCCUGAGGUGCUCACCGAAGGCUUGGGGCGAUCUGCGCGACGCGGAGCUCCGCAAGCUGACGUUCACCGUCGGCGCGUUCCAGUGCCACCUCGAGCAGUCUGCGGUCGAUAGCUCGGUCUGGCUCGUCAAGGCUAACGGGGUGGACGACGUCUUGGGCUAUGCGCUGAGCUACGUGGACGACUUCUUGUUCAUGGGCUCCGAGGGCGUGGUGAGGGCCCUGCAGACCUCCAUCGGCGCGCUCUGGACUACGAGUUCCCAGAAGAUCAACUCCCCAGGCUGUCCGGGAAUCAUUCGGUAUUUGUCCAUCGACAUCGGCAUGGACCCCUACCGCCUGACGCUGAGCCAGCACGAAUACGUCAACGACAUGCUGAUGAAGUGGAACAUGGCCCAGUGCAACGGCUGCCAGUCGAUCAACCCCGACGAUGAGAUCUACCUGCCCUUCCAGCCCGAGGACGACGAGGAGAAGCCUGACCCUGAUGAUGUGCGCGGCGCGCAACGGAUGGCAGGUGGACCCCUUUGGCUUUCGAGCCGCACUCGGCCAGACCUGUUCUACAGCGUCUCGCGGAUCUCCAGCCAUGCGAUUCGGAGGCCGCGUGCGUCCCUCGUUCUGGGCAAGAAGGUCUUGCGGUACUUGGCGGCUACCCGCCAGUUGGCGCUGGUCUACGUGCUGAGCAUCCCCCACGAGCUGCAGGACCUUAUCUGCCAGUUGGACGUCUUCUCGGAUGCCAGCCAUGGCGAUGCGGGCGCGCAGACAGGCGUCGCUUGUUUCAUGUAUGGGCGCAUGCUGGUCGACUGGCGCAGCUUGAGGCAGCAGUUGGUCUGCUUCUCGACGGCCGAAGCGGAGAUGAACGGUCUCGCCCUCAGCUGCCAGGUGCUCUACGGUCUGGAGGCGGUCGCCCACUCCAUGGAGCUGCAGACGACCGCAGUCCUCCACGGCGACAACCAAGCGGCGAACCACAUCGCCGAGGGUCGCGGCAAAUGGAGGACAAGGAGCCUUAUGGACAACGCCAUCCGGAGCCGAGAUGAGCGCGGCAUGUUGGAGCUGAUCUACGUGGAGACGGCUCUGAUGCGCGCCGACGGGCUCACCAAGAGCAAGGAGCCCGACCACAUGGCGAAUGUCAGGGCCCACUUCGGCUUGUGGGGCAUCUGA